AUGCUUGCCUCAAGGAUGAAAAACAACAGCCUCUAUCUAAUCUUGGUCACAAGCAUCACCGUCCUCAGUGGAUUCAACUCGACUUUAGGGGAUGGAAUUUUCAACAAUAUCGAGAAUGCUAAAUUGAUUCAAUCUUCAUCAAUCGUCCCGACAGACGGCAAUUACGUCUUCAAGAAUGUCGGCACCGGCCAAACCAUUCAACACGACCGAGUGAAUGAUGUGCCCAAUAUCUACACGAGUGGCGAUGGUGGCAAUAGUCGCAGUGUUUUCCCAUCCGUUCUUCACCACCCUCAUAAUCGCCCGCGUGGCGAGAAAAGUGAAGGCGAUGAUAGCCAUGAGGUGGUAGCGGCACUUGAACUUCGCUCUCAUAAAACUCGCACGAAGUGGAUUAGUAUUCGAACAACCGCAACUGACGGUGACCCAAAAUGCAUCAGUGCGCAAUGGGGCUAUCAUACUGAGGGCGGCGCGGAUCAUGCCGGAACAUUGUAUGAAUGUGUGGUGGAUCCGCUCAAUCUGGAAGCAACUCUCGAAAAGCCAAAGCAAUGGUGGUUAUUGAUGCCUGUGGGAGCGGCAAAGAAUCUCAACUUUGAUCAAACGUUGGACUUGAAGAACGAGAUCUUGAGCCAAAACAAGCAUAUGAAGAUGAAGGAUACCCCGAUAGUUUCUAGGAUUGUUGACGACGAGGGAAAAGGUUCUAUCGACCAAUUGCCUGCACCCUUUUGGAAUCCAAAAACUAACCGGAUCGAGAACUUUUCUUCUCCGGAUAAGACCGGCAAGAGCAAGAGAAACCAUGAAAUUUCUGGAGUCCAUCAAAGCGACCUUUUACGCAAACGACAACUGGGAAACAGUCUUCCAAUCAAUCGUUAUUUCAACACCACGAACGCUGCAUCUGUCGUUGAAGCUUUGAAGGAAAUCAGUAAUCCUGACAACGAUGCACAGGAUGUCAACCGCGCAGAUGAAAGUACAUUAAAUACGCUUGAUAAGAGGUCGACCAGGCACCACGGCCAUUCUAAAUCAGCUUUCAAAGCUCACCAAAAUACCAAAGAAGCUGAUCCUUCGAGUGGUUCACUUGGACCGUUUUAUGUCGUCAGCGUUGACCAUCUUUAUGAUAUGGAAACUAGAGUCUGGACUUCUGCGGUUAAAAAAACCGUUGGAAAUCAGUUGAGCUUGGUACUCAAGAAGUUGGAUCCAAAUGAUAAAUCGCAACAAUGGUACUUAGAGGUUCAAACAUAA